AAAUCCGGCGGUCUAAAAAAUUAUUAUAUUGCAAACCCCAUCAGUCAAUAUCUGUUUAAUAUCGCUAUGUAUCCAAGCUACCACUGACGUGAAGACUGUCUCUUGUCUGUGUGUGUGUGUGAAUGCGCGGUAGGGUGCGUGUGUACGUUAGCUAAAGGUAUCGGGCCGCCCAUUUAGAAUGAACUGACUUGAAUUGAACAAAAAAUGACUGACCGUUAAUAAUAAUGAAAAGAUAAAUAAUGAAAGAAAAAUAAUCCCAUGAAUGCGGAAAAGGGUACAAUUCAAAACUUCAAAGCCUUUUACAAUUUUUGUUUGGUUCGCUCCGAAAAAUAUGGGGAACGCUAUACCUAUAUGGAUGAUGACUUAUUUUGAUACUUUGAGCGAUCGGAUAUCUACUGCACCAGUAUUGGCUAAAGCAAUCAAACUGGAAGAAAUGUGGUAUCAUGGCGUGAAGUAAAUUGAAGGCUAUGAAGUUUCAUUCCCACUUCCCCACUUUGUUUUAAAAAUGCAUUUUACAGUCUUAAAUCAUUGCUUGAACAUUAAAAUAUUAUUUCAAAAACCAUGAUAACAAAAAAGAAGAUUUGUUGGAAUUCUAGUAUACAUAAGUUGUGCCAUUACACCGAAAGUUUUAACAUGCUUAUAAUACUUUUCCACCCUUACGUUAAUCACAUUUUCUGCUGAAAGAGCGCCCACUUUACCAAUAAAAUAGAUUCAAAACAUUAACAUGUUCACAUUAGGCCUACCUGUCAUGUUGAUGGAUGUUUGAAGUGUGUGAAACUGAAUCCUUGUAUCGAAUAAGGACUUAAUACAACAAAGGGCCAUUGGUGGCUUUUCGAAACGGUGUAUGUCUUAUUAGAUCAUUUUCCAUAGUCUACGUGCAUUCAUGAUUGACCACAGUGUGAAGUGAGUAUACGACUUCAUGGCAUUUCUAUAUUUGUAAUUACUGGACGGCGAUGGCCAUCUCGAUUCAAGCAACUUUUAUCUUAUCCCUGGUUGUAAUCAUCUCGCAAAGCAGUAAGUUUUUAUUAUUUUUGCAUUAUGGAGGUAGGCCUAUCGUAGUGAAUUAAGAUGCUAAAAAUGAAUAGGAUUGUGUGAGCAAUACGAGUUUUUAUGUGCUGCCUGUCACACAUGAGUAUUUAAAAUUGUUUGUAUUCAAUUUUACCAAUUUUAACAAAAUAUAUUUUAACUGACUAAUAAUGCUGAUUAAUGCAUAAAAUCCCAUUUUCGCGGUAAAUCUUUUAAUAUAGCCCCAAAAAGUUCAUAAAUUUCGGCUGGGACACUUUAUGAUUCUCAUUAAAAUAAAUAUAUAAAAAAACAUGGGAGUUCAUACAAUAUUUUUAUUCAUUUUGUUUACCUUUUGUAUGUAUAUGGUCUCGAUUGAUACUAUCAUAUUGCUGAAAGAGGCCCUUGAAAAAGUAAAAUAUAGUAUUUAUUUUCCCUAAGAACAAACAGCAAAACUACACAAUAUUCUAUUAAAGUGAUUAAACUACCCGAAAAACCCUUAUUAUUACCAUUACGGACAAAAUACCAGUAUUUUUUUUCAAAGCUGAUUUAUACAAUUGUAUUGUCUUAUUCUAAGUUUGACAGACUUUUUUUACCUUUCUGCUUAUUAGAACAUGUUUUCCUAGAAUGUCUAACAAGUAAAAAAUUUCGCCCGGAAUGAUAACGGAUAGCGGCAUGAGCAAUAGACAGAUAGAUAUUGAGACAAAAAUGCGGAGCUAUCCAUUCGAAUUGACAUGAAAACCAUACUUUAUAAUACAUUUAUGUAGCGAAACUGAAUAUAAUAUAAACUGACAACAUUUUACAAAGUAUUUAUUUGUUUCCAAACUUAAAAUUGAUAUCGUAGGGUGGCUCAUAUAUCAUAAACGAUCCCAUUGAAAUGUGCAAUCAUUGUAACUCAUUAUGUUUUGUUGAGUAUGGUUUGGUUCUACAUUAGGCCUACGUUAUAUAAUGAAUGAUUUAAAAUGAAAAAAAAAAAUAUUUCCUAACCAGGUACAAAAGAAAAAUAAAAAUGACAAAGUAUCCAUUAAGCCAUAAAUGCAAUUCCUUUGUAAACUUAACACUUGCUAUCGAAAGGUGGCUGAUAUAUAUAAAAAAUAACCCCCACUAAAAUGCUCAACCCUAGUAAAGCAUAAUGUUUUGAGCUUGCAAAACAUGAUAUCGGUCUACGUUAGGUAUACAUGUGCAUUACAGCGAUUUUUAACUGAAAGAUUCUAUUCUAGCCAGGUUCAACAUUAAAAUGGAAAUUAAAAACAAUAUCCAAGUAACUGUCAUUCGUUUGCAUACUUAAGGGUGGCUGAAAUAUCAUUAACAAUACCACCACAAUGUUUAAUCCUUGUAAACCAUUAUGUUUUGAGAACGUUGAACGUGGUUUGGUUCUAAGUUAGGUCUGUGUUGUAAAAAAAAAUCUAACUAAAAGAUGUUAUUCGAGUGAGGUACAUCAUCAAAGUGAAAAGUACAAAGGAAUUCAUUAAAAAGGAUAUUCGGUGUAUUCAUUACUUCAAUCACCAGAUCCACCACAUGUGAUCGUUAUUAUUGAUGGCACGGGGAUUCGCUACUGCUUUAAUAACCUUUCAGUGACUGUAAUAGCUGGAGAUAAACACAACAUCACAUGUGAAGCAUAUGGAGCAAUGCCUCCUGCACUACUGGAAUGGCGUACAUCUGAUGAUGUGGCUGUUGUUCACCAGGAUCAGUCUAAUGUUAUUCAAGACGGAUCGUACAUCUCCCAGAAAGCCAUGACAAUCACACCCUCCAGGAAAGACGACGGAAAGAGUCUUAGCUGCAUUGCAUCACAUCCACAACUACAAUAUGAACGUCUAUGCUCAGUUCAUCUCAUUGUUCAGGUUCUGCCGAGGGAUGUGCUGCUCUUUGCGACUGGAGUUAACCAGUCACAUUCAACCAUCCUUAACAUUCAAAAACAUUCACCUUCUUCAAUCACUUGCAAAAGUAUUGGAUCAUUCCCAGCGACCGAACUAUCAUUUUGGUUAGUUGGCGGUGGUGAUGAUGAUACUCAAAUUUACUCAAACCUUUCAACGACUCGCAGUGUCUUAGACGGAACUUUGUUUGACACUGAAAGUACUAUAACCAUGAACCCAGACAAAAAGAACCACGGAAAGCACAUCGUAUGCUACUCAUCCAUAGAAGGCGUCUUUGUUAAGGCGGGGUUAGCUAGACUGGUUGUUCUUGGACCACCGGACGAUAUCACAAUGACUCUCCCAGAUGACGGUAUGUUUGAAGGAGCAGGAACCAAUGUAACAUGCAGAGCUCUGAAUGGAAACCCGGCCCCCGUCAUCUACUGGUACCUAGGAUCAACGAACGUGACUGAUAAUUUAUCCAUGCAGACAAGCAAAAACAUAGCCGAUCUGUAUGAUGCUGAAAGCACGUUAUUCUUCACACCCAAGAGAACAGAUCAUGGGAAAUGUCUUAUCUGCGUGGCUGUUCAACCUGACAUACCCUCUCCCCGUUCAGUGAAUGACAGUACGAUUCUGGCCAUAUCGUAUCAUCCCAUCGUGUCUAAUACUUUUCGAAGACCUUCAACGAUAGAACCAAGCGGAUCUGCUAGAUUCAUGUUAAAAUGUACAGCUGAUGCAUAUCCUCCCGUCAUUUAUUUUGAAUGGCUCUGUAACGAAACUCUGAUUUCAAACGACACCGGUAGCAUCUCCCUCCCUGAAAAUUCAUCAGAACGCGAAACCAUGACCUCCUCAGAACUUGCAGUUCAAACCUCUCUUCCUGACUAUCCAUGUAUUUACCGCUGCACUGCCAAAUCAAGAUACGGUGAGGGAAGUGUGGUCUUCAACACUUCCAUUCCGAGUAAGUUCAAAUGUGGCUCGCGCACGUCUUAA